AUGUCCAGUCCAUCAACAAAGCUACCUUUUCAAAAGAAAGGUGGUUCUCGACAAAAGUUUUCAGGUGGUAAACGUUUUGGAUUCGGUGACGAUGACGAUCAGGAAGAGGAAGAUCAAGUUUCAGUGGUGACAGGAUUCGACGAUAAUAAAGUACAAGAAUUGACACCGAAAGUCGAAGAAAAACCAUUGGCGAUCGCACCAUUGCCCAAUGUCGAUUGGCGUGCAAAGAAGAAGAAACAGCUCUAUGUCCCAGGCGGACAGCAUUCGACUUCUGAAAUUGAACAAGAACCCGAAGUUCUCGGCCAAAGCACGCAGUCGUACGGUUUACAGGUUAUGAAAAAGAGCAAGAGCGAAACAGCAGAAGACAGCCGAGAGUCGACGGCAGAGAUUCGCAUGGAGACAGAAAACCUUACUGUCAACGCAAGAGAAGAGGAAGCAGCAGCAACAGCAGCGCCGAAAUCUUUGGAAGAACAAGCAUUAGAAGAAGUCAUUGAAGGUAAAAAUGAUAGUGAUGAAGAGCACCCUAAAAACACUGCAGUGAUCCCUAUGGUUGAUGAAACAGAAGUGUUCCGAGAAGAUGUAAAGUCUAGACCUGAUGACGCGACCAUGGAUGAUUACGAGCGUAUGCCUGUAGAUCAGUUUGGUGCUGCUUUGCUACGUGGAUUAGGAUGGAAAGAAGGCGAAGGAAUUGGCCGAAACAGGAGAAACGCUCCAACACCUAAACCAUUUACACCUAUCAAACGACAAGCGUUGUUGGGCCUAGGCGCAAAGGCUGAAGAAGUGGGUGAAGGAAAAAAGAAACCUAGCAGACGAAGCGCGUACGAGUACAAGGAAACAAGCCUGUUCAAAAAAGUGGCAAAGCGGAAAAUCGAAGAGCGUGCGGGUAGCGACGAUGACCGAGAAUCGAGUGAUUAUGCAAGCAGUGCUAGCAGCACAGGCAGUAGAAAAGAGCACCGAAGCAGCAGCAGUAGCAGUAGUACCCGACGACGACGAAGCAGAAGUCGCGAACGACGGGAUAGAAAGGAUCGAUAUUACUCUAGUAGCAGUCGAGAUAGAAGCCGGGAUCGAAGCAGGAGUCGAGAGCGACGUCGACAUAGAAGCAGAAGCUCCGAAGGACGUCGAGAUAGAAGUGACUCUUCUCGUAGAAACGAUUCGUCGCGAAGGAGCAGAAAGUAA